AUGCGAUUCUCCCUCGCGGCCCUUCUCCUGGCCGCCGCAGGCACCACGGCCAGCAAACUCGCGCAAACCCCACAAAUGGGCUUCAACACGUGGAACUCGUUCAAAGCCAACUACAACGAGUCCACAAUCACGCACAUCGCCUCGCUCCUCAUCUCCCUCGGCCUGCACGAUGCCGGAUACAAUUACCUCCUCCUCGACGAAGGCUGGUCCGACAUGUCGCGCACAGACGACGGAUACCUCCAAUCGAACCAGACCACCUUCCCAGACGGAAUCGCGCCGCUUGCAGACCGCGUACACGAUAUGGGUCUCAAGCUGGGGCUCUACGGCGACUCGGGGAUUCUUACCUGUGGGUUCCGCCCGGGGAGUUGGGGGUAUGAGGAGCGGGAUGCGCGCACCUUGGCCAGUUGGGGAGUCGAUUAUUGGAAGUAUGACAAUUGCGGUGGGUUUCAGGCUAUGAGCAAUGCGCCGCAGGAGAGGUUUGGGCUUAUGAGGGAUGCGUUGGAGAGGAGUGGGAGGGAGAUUUUCUACUCGGUUUGCGAGUGGGGGUUUCAGUUUCCAUGGCACUGGGGUGGUGAUAUCGGCCACUCGUACCGCAUGUCUGGUGACAUCACCGCCAAAUUCAUCAACGAAACCGGCUGCCCCUGCAAAACAGCCUACUGCCUAAACACCGGGUACGCGGGCUGCUCUGUGACAAGCAUCCUGCGCAAAAUGCGCGAGAUCAGCGUGUACCAGGAACGCGGGCACUGGCUGGACAUGGACAUGCUCGAAGUCGGCGUCGGCGAGAUGACAGUCUACAUGGAGCAGACGCAUUUUGCAUUCUGGGCGGCGCUCAAGUCGCCGCUGAUUAUUGGGGCCGAUUUGCGGACGCUGCGCAAUGAGAGUCUUGCCGUCUUGACGAAUCGCGAUAUUAUAGCGAUUAAUCAGGACUCGUUGGGAAAGCCGGUGCACUUUAUUGAGGGGGUGAGUGUUGAGGGGUCGGUGCAGGUUUGGGCGGGGGAAGUCAAGGGGGGCAACGUGGUGCUUGUGUUUAAUGAGAAGAGUUAUCCUCAGGAUGUGCAUGUGUCGUUGAAGGAGCUGGGGCUGGGGAUUGAGCGGCCAGUGCGUGCGAGGGAGCUGUGGUCGGGCAAGUCUUGGGGGAAGAUUGACAGGGUCAAGGCCCAACUUGGGGCGUACCAAACGCUUGUUUUUAGGAUUACUCGGUGAGAUGGAGAUUCCUGUGCGGAUCAUCAUUCCAUGGCAAAUGCGACAAAAUGAGGUGGUUGUCUAUAUUCUUACCUUGUCCGUAAAGUACGCGUCUUCCCCGGAAAAUUACCUGACGAGGCAACUGCGGAGCGUGGGGUGAUUCGAUGAUUUGAGACGUUUCCCUCAUGGCAAAUGAACCGUAGCAAAUGAGGCAGUCUGAC